AUGUCAGAUGACGAGGCCGACCCGGAACUACUUGCCUUGCUACGACAAUCCCUUGGCCUGGGUGAUGGCAAAUUCACCGCUCCUCCCACGACCGGAGUGCUGCAAUCAGCCGAGUACAUCUGCAACAACUCGAUCGAUGUCGCCAUAUCGACGGCAGGGACCAAAGCCGCCGCCGAGACGAUAUGGCAGCUGAUGCAGCGCAAGGGCUACUCGACACAGACCUGGUCGGAGCAUGAACUCCACCCGCAGGCCAAAGACGAAGCCACCGUCAAUUUCAUCUUCACCAUGAACCUGCUGAACUUCUCCUUCUGGUCCGAGUUACCACCAGAACAGCGCUUCGCAGUCGAAUACAGGGAUCACCGUUGGACUGGCUAUUGGUCCCUGGUGGCGGCUCUACAACGCGCAUUGGAUGAAGGCUAUGCCAUCACCACCCCAGACUUCUGGCAGGACUUAGACGCCUGCCCGGACUCAACACUAGAAUACAUCUUCCGGUCCGCAACCGAUGAACCCAUCCCACUGCUCUCCGAACGCAUCGCCAUCCUCCGCGAGGCCGGCACGAUCUUAUACGAGCAAUUUGGCUGCAAACCCACGAAUAUCAUCUCACGCGCGAGCCAGUCCGCCGCAGGACUCGUAAACCUGUUGGUCUCGCACUUCCCCAACUUCCAGGAUUCGACGGUCUUCCACGACAAGCCGGUCCGGCUGUACAAACGGGCACAGAUUCUGGUGGCGGACCUGUGGGCGUGCUUCAACGGCACCUCAUACGGGACGUUCACCGACAUCGAUUCCGCAUUGACCAUGUUUGCCGACUAUCGCAUCCCCCAGAUGCUGCAGUCGCUCAGCUGUCUGUGGUAUUCGCCGCGCUUGGAGUCGCGGAUUUCGCGACGCGACGAGUUUGUCUCUGGCGAGGCCAUGGAGGUCGAGAUCCGGGGCUGCAGUGUCUGGUGUGUUGAACUACUCAGACGCGAGAUCGAAAGGAAUCAUCCCGACGCCAAAGGAAAGCUGAAUGCUGUGCUUAUUGAUUUCUUUCUUUAUGACACCUGUAAGGAGAUGGAGAAGAAAGGUGAAAUCGAAGACGUCUUGACUCAUCACCGGACCAGGUCGAUAUUCUACUAG